AUGUCGAGCCAACAGGUGGAUGCGAUGAAGGAGCACUUCACGCGGGAAGCCGAAUAUCGCCUACGGGACUCUUUUCCAAAGAGGAUACGUGAACUAGAUGAUCUGACACGAGUCCAAGAAUUUGGCCUAAAAGGAGGCAUGGAACUAGUCCAGACGCAAGUGGAUAAACUCUGCGAUGAGUUUAAGGAAUCACUUCCAGUCGAAGGGGAAGCAAAUAAGAAGCAACUGGGGAUCAACUCAGCGAUAGAUCAUGUCUACCGACUCCUUCGGCCCAUUAUCGUCCAGCUUAUAGAGGAUACUCAAACAGUAUGCAUGUGGAUUCAACUAAACAUUCCAAAGAUUGAAGACGGUAACAAUUUCGGUGUGUCUGUUCAAGAAGAGGUGUUGAUGGAAGCUCAUAAGAUAGAAGCAGAGGCGAGUGCAAUGCUCGACUUCUUCAUCGACUACACAAUGCUGAGAGCCAAGCUGGUGAGCAAGACGCUCAAGUGGAGCCAAAUCUGCGACUAUAAGAGAUCCAUCAGAGAGUUGGAUGAAAUCACCUUCCUCCGGCUGCGCGCGACACUCUGUGACUCUAGAAACUACUAUACCAGGCUAUACGACCUCCUGACGAAGAAUGUGGAGAAGAUACGCUGUCCACGUAAUGACUCUGAGAGCCAAAUUUCUAUCAUGUAUUGA